UGGGCGUUUGGAGCGCGCUAAGUCCCUCCGAAAAAAAUUCGACGGCGACAUAAAAUAAAAAUCCCUUGACUUUCACCCUCCCUUCAUCCCUCUCCCAUCCCACACACUUCUCUCCCCCCCUCACAUCUCCCCUCUACCCUUUCUUCACAUUCACGUACCCGAACAGGCCGUGAAUUGUGUGCUCUGGUCACCGCCGUUCUCCCACACCGCGCGCCUCAGCGCCCUCUCACCCACCACCCUUUCUCACCACACGCCACGCCAUGGCACCUUCAGUAGACAUGGAGUCCCAACCUACCGACGGCCAAAUCCGGUCGGAGAACAAGAAAUCCGAAAAGGUCCUGGAAGAGCUGCUCUCCAAGCUCUCCGUCUCCCAGGUCGGCGAUGAGGCCAAGGGCACCUCGCAAGAAAUCGCCACCUUCAUCAACGGCGACAUCGAGGUCAAGGAUGCGCCCACCAAGGCCGUCGAGUCCCUCAAGAAGAUGCUCCUCAGCAAAAAGGAUGCCAACGCCCGACAAAACGCCUGCGAGGCCAUCACCACCAUUGCUCAGCACGCCACCGUCUCGGCCGUGGUUGAGCCGUACCUCGUCCAGCUCCUCCCUACCGUCCUCGCCACCGUCGGUGACAAGAUGGUCCCGGUCAAGGUCGCCGCCCAAAACGCCGCCCUCGCCAUCACCAAGGCCGCCAACGCAAACGCCGUCAAGCUCCUCAUCCCGCACUUUAUCGAAUCCAUCCGCCACGCCCAGAAAUGGCCGGAAAAGAUGACCGAUCUCGAGUGCAUCGACGCUCUUUGCAACGCUGAGACUGCACAAGCCCAGACCGCCUUCCGCGUGCCCGAGCUGAUUCCCAUCGUCUCUGAGGCCAUGUGGGACACCAAGCCCGAGGUCAAGAAGAAGGCCUACAGCACCAUGGAGAAGCUUUGCCAGCUCAUUUCCAACCGCGACAUUGAGAAGUUCAUCCCUGCCCUCAUCACCUGUAUCGCCCAGCCUGAGAAGGUCUCCGAGACCGUCCACGCCCUCGGUGCCACCACCUUCGUCCAGGACGUCCAUGAGCCCACCCUGGCCCUCAUGACCCCUCUCCUCGAGCGUGGUCUGAAAGAGCGUGAUACCACCAUCAAGCGCAUGUCUGCCAAGAUUGUCGACAACAUGUGCAAGCUCGUCGAGGAUCCCCAGAUUGUCGCUCAGUUCCUUCCCAAGCUGAUGCCUCAGCUCAAGGAGAACUACGACAACAUUGCCGAUCCUGAGGCCCGUGAGAAGACCAAGCAAGCCUUGGACACCCUCGUUCGCGUUGGCGACGUCAAGGACGGCAAGAUUCCCGAAGUCUCCCGCGCCGGCGACGUUGACACCGUUCUCGCCAAACUCAAGGAGAUCCUUAGCACCAGCCACAAGGAUGCUGUUGCAAAAUUCGAGCCAGUGCUUGCAUACAUCUCGGCCAUCGCCGGUCAGUUAAUCGAUGAGAAGGACAGCGAAAUCACCACCUGGAACCUUGCCCUCGUCAGCUACAUGACCAUCAUUGUUGGCGAAACCGAGGCCCAAGGCAUGGUCAACGCUCUCCGCAAGCGUGCCUCUCCUCUUGCCGGUGCCGAGGACGAGGUGGAGCCCGAUGAGGAGGAGGGUGAGGAUCUGUGCAACUGCACGUUCCAGCUCGCCUACGGUGCGAAGAUUCUCCUCAACCAGGCCCAUCUCCGCCUCAAGCGUGGUCAGCGCUACGGUCUGCUCGGCCCCAACGGUUCCGGCAAGACCACUCUGAUGCGUGCCAUCAACAACGAGCAGGUCAACGGGUUCCCCAAGCAGAGCGAAGUCCGAACCGUCUACGUCGAGCACGAUCUUGACGCUGCCGACACUGAGAUGAGCGUUCUCGAGUGGACGCAGAUGAAGCUCCAGGGCAGCAACAUCGAAAUCCCCAACGAGGAGGUCAAGAACACCCUCGUUGAGUUCGGUUUCGGUGCCGAUCAGCUCGAUAAGCCCAUCACCUCGCUCUCUGGUGGCUGGAAGAUGAAGCUGGCCCUCGCCAGGGCUGUCUUCGCCAAGCCCGACAUUCUUCUGCUCGACGAGCCCACCAACCAUCUCGAUGUGAAGAACGUCAAGUGGCUCGAGGACUACCUCACCACCUCCCCUUGCACUUCCAUCAUCAUCUCCCACGACAGCGGCUUCCUCGACAACGUCAUCCAGCACGUCCUCCACUACGAGCGCUUCAAGCUCAAGCGCUACCGUGGCAAGCUCAGCGAGUUCGUCAAGCGCGUGCCGUCUGCUCGCUCUUACUACGAGCUUGGUGCCUCCGAGAUGGAGAUGAAGUUCCCCGAACCCGGCUUCCUCGAGGGUGUCAAGACCAAGGCCAAGGCUAUUGUCCGUGUCAGCAACAUGUCCUUCCAGUACCCCGGUACCGAGAAGCCCCAGAUCCAGGACAUCACCUUCCAGUGCUCGCUCGGCUCCCGUAUUGCCGUCAUCGGCCCCAACGGUGCUGGCAAGAGUACGCUCAUCAACGUCCUCACCGGUGAGCUCAUCCCCACCACCGGUGAUGUCUACCAACACGAGAACAUCCGUAUUGCGUACAUCAAGCAGCACGCUUUCGCCCACAUCGACCACCACUUGCAGAAGACUCCGUCUGAGUACAUCCAAUGGCGCUUCCAGACUGGUGAGGAUCGCGAGACCAUGGACCGCGCCAAUAAGAUCGUCACCGAGGAGGAUGAGAAGGCGGCCGAGAAGGUGUACCGCAUCGAAGGCUCGCAGCGUCGUGUGGUUGGCGUCCAUGCCCGCAGAAAGUUCAAGAACUCCUACGAAUACGAGUGCUCGUUCCACCUCGGUGAGAACGUUGGGCUCAAGAACGAGAAGUGGAUUCCCAUGAUGACCGCCGACAACGCCUGGAUCCCCCGUACCGAGCUCAUUGCCAGCCAUCAAAAGAUGGUUGCCGAGGUCGAUCAGAAGGAGGCCCUCGCCAGCGGUGCCUUCCGCCCUCUCGUCCGCAAGGAAAUUGAGGCCCACGCCGCCAACUUCGGCCUCGACGCCGAGCUGGUCUCUCACUCCCGCAUGAGCGGUCUCUCCGGAGGCCAGCGUGUCAAGGUCGUGCUCGCCGCCUGCUCCUGGCAGCGACCGCAUCUCAUCGUCCUCGACGAGCCCACCAACUACCUCGACCGCGACUCCCUCGGUGCCCUCUCCAAGGCCCUCAAGGCUUUCGAGGGUGGUGUGAUUAUCAUUACUCACUCCGCCGAAUUCACCAAGGACCUGACGGAGGAGGUGUGGGCUGUCGUCGACGGCCGCAUGACCCCGUCCGGCCACAACUGGGUGCAGGGCCAGGGUGCCGGACCGCGUCUGAAGCAGGACGACGACGAGGAGGAGCGCUUCGAUGCCAUGGGCAACAAGAUCGACUCUUCCAAGAAGGCGAAGAAGCUGACGAGUUCGGAGCUGCGCAAGAAGAAGAAGGACCGCAUGGCGCGGAGGAAGCGCGGCGAGGAGGUCUUCAGCGAUGAAGAGUAAUCGCGCCGUUGCCUUGCUUUGUGCUUAACUCGCAGCGUUUUUUGACUUCGUGGGCAUGGAUUCUUGAUGCAUGGCGGGAUUGCGGCGUUUCUCGGGCAAGGAAAAGGAACAUGUGGUUUUUGCGUUGCUUUGCUUUGCGUUGCUUGCAAGCUCGAGGAUUCCCACUAUGGCGAUAGACUCCGGCGAUAGAUUUUCCAAAAGAGAUAGAAAUGGUGCUGGGUAAACUGGUCCGUUGGAAUUCAAAAUGAUACGUUCGAAAACA